AUGCCUUUGGAAGGUUUCAAGAUACCUGGAAGUUUCCUCAAGAAGAGGAAUGAUCAGGAUUAUCCGGACAAUUCUGACAGCGGUUUACCAGCACAGAGUGGUAUUGCAAGAAGGGCUGAUUUUCCUUCGGGCAGACUUUUUGGUAACUUGACUAGAGGAGGUCCUACAUCGGUUCAGAAUCCUGUGCGAGAAGGUGUCCGGGUUGCACUACACAAAGGGAAAGACAGACGUUUUGUUGAUCUCUUGCAAGAAACUCCGUUCGAGAAUCAGAAUCAAUCUGUAAGUCGGUACAAGCUAGUGCGCAAUGUCGAGAAGAACGUCAGAUCACAAGCUCCUGACCAUAGCUUUCCUCUGACAUCAGGAUCUCAAGAGGAACGGCGAGCAGCCUCAGUUUUCCGAAAGAGAAGCUCCAGUAGUUUGGCAGCUAGUGCGGCGGCGGUGAAGAGAGCCACGAAACUGGUUCGUGCGAAACGGUCUACAAGUCGUGAGGAGUUGGCUGAUUCUAAAAAACAUGCCGGUGCUGGCAAGCUGAGUGACCCUUCUCAAACAGCAUCACCGUCGAAAUUCAGAGCAGCAUCAUAUGCUGCAGAGUCAUUGUCGGCAACACGUGAGCAGGCUGUUAUUUUGAGGUCACUUCUCGCACUAGUGGGUAGAAAUUGUCCCACGGAAUACGACAAGUAUGCCGUGUUGGAGGAGAGGGAUAAACUGCUGUCUAAGCUAAGAGAUGAGGAGAAUAAAAAUAUUGUUGGGAAGCGUCAGAUUGUCAAAGGAACUUGUUUCGGAAUGUGCCCUGAAAAGGAAAGAUAUGUCCGUAUCGUUCAAAAGAGGAUUUCUCAGUAUGAGUGUAACUCUGACGGAACUCUCAACCACAUGCACAUGGUUAAGGAAUAUGCGAGGAGCGCUGCAGAUCAGGACAAUCCUUUACCACAUGAGCUACGUUCAAAGGAAUUGCUUGAGAACUCUAUGAGUUACCUUCUUAAGCACGUCCUCGAUUCCGUACCCGAAGAUGAAGAUGAUCUAGCUAUGUGGUACGAUUUUUUGUGGAGUCGAACCAGAGCCAUCCGUAAAGAAAUUACGCAAUUAAUGUUGACGGAUGAAACAGCAGUUGCCUUAAUAGAAAGAUGUGCACGCCUGCAUAUUCUUUGCGCCUAUAAACUCUGUCGUCUCGGUUUUGAGAAGUUCGACCAAAACAUGAACACAGAAAAUCUUGCCAAAUGCCUUCAGUCUCUUCGACAUCUCUACGAAGAUUUGGCUGUCCAAGGCAUAGAGUUGGAGACGGAAGCAGAGUUUCGUGGUUAUGAUGUCAUGCUGCAUCUUUAUGACAGUAACAUUCUUAGACAGGUGUUGUCGUACAGAAAAGCAGUGCGUGAUUCGCAACCAGUCCGCCUCGCUCUUCAGCUUUCCGGUGCACUGCAGAACAAGAACUACGUUAGAUUCUUCCGGUUGUUAAAAGGAGAAGCUUCAUUUCUGCAGUGUUGUAUAUGCCAUCGCUAUUUCAAUACCGUCCAGUCAAAAGCUUUGUUAACAAUGAUGACCGCUUACGGCCGAAAUUCAGUGUUUCCUCUAGACACGAUGUGGCGUGUGCUCGCUUGGGAUGAUAGGGAAGAUGCGUUGAGAUCACUUGCCAUUUAUGGAGUGCAACAGAAUGAUAUGGACUGUGACCAGGUCGUUCUUAAUCGUGACCAUUUUGUCCCAGAUGCAACACCAGGUUUACGACCAUAUCGCUGGAUUGAUGUCAAAAACAGAGCUUCAUGGAGCCAAGUGGCACAUGGAUCCAUGCCGUUCUCAUUUUCUUCAAUUGCUGUUUUGCCUAACUCGUUCGAUAGUAAUGGUGUUUACAACAAGGAUGAAGUGCUAUCUGCUAUAUUCGAAACCUACUCCUUGCAGGCGGAGGCACAGCAAGCGAUUCUGGAACAACAGAAUCCCGCUAGUACACCUCAGUCUCGAAGUAGAAAUGACGAAACACACUGUUGGGUAAAUUCGAAGGUUGAAAACGUGGUAAAUGAGGUUGUGGAUGAACAAAGCCUUUCUAUAUGCCGAUCUGUCACUGUUGAGGAAGUUUCAGCGUCAAUAUCACAAAACGUGGUGGACGAUAUUGCCCAGAAUAUCAUCAGGAAUACAGUUCUCGAAGAGCGUAAAGAACAUGAACGUGAACAAGCAGAUUUGGAAUUGGAACGAGUGAAGGAGGCAAAAGAAAGGCACAUACGAGUGCUUGUUGAAUUAGUUAUUGAUCAAACCUGUGACAACAAUUUGAAGAAAGCUAUCAAAGCGGAAAUGGACAGUGCAGUCCUCUCACACAUCGACGAGACUACGCAUUUCAUUGUUGAAGAGUUGUGGUGCUCAAAACUGGUUCAUAUAGUUGAUAAAGAGACCAAAAACAUUUUGAAGAAGACGUUGAAAUUAAAUAUCGAAGAGGUGCAAUCGGGUCUCCAGCGUUUUCGCGAGAGGAUGGAAUUGAUGUGGUUGCGGCAGUUCUGGGAUGUUUGGCGCUCACAUGUGAUAGAAAGUCGACGCAAGCGUUUACAACGCCUUCAGGAUUGGGACCACUUUCAAGGAGUGUGGGAUUGUAAAAUGUUUCUUCCAUCGAACUAUGCUCAUUCUGGUGAAUUAAAAAAGCGAGGACAUGCUCACACUUCUCCUUCAUCUGGACUGCUCAAUUGUCGUGAUACGCGAAUUGCUCUUCGUUUGAUUAAUUUGAAGAAUAAACGGUCCAACAGAAUAGCAAGGACAGCGUUCGACCAAUGGCGGAUGUACGCUCAGCGCAAGCGAUUUUCGCGAAGUUUAAUGAAGGUUAUGUUGCAUCGACCCAAGCAAUUUGACCAUACGAUCUACCAAAAUGUCACUCUUCCAUAUGCGGACAAAGCAAAGCGGAGAAGGACGGAACCUUCUCUGCUUGGAUCGUCUGAAAAGUCGUUUACAACGAGUAAUCCUCUUCGUGAUUCGAGUAAUUUUUUAUACUGCAGUCCUGAAAAUUCGUAUGAAGAAAUUGGAUUUUCUGGAUUUCUUUCAGCUGACUAUUCGAAUUAUUCGAUGAAUUACUUCGACGAGCAUCUGUCUUCAAUAAAUCCGACACCUUUUCGGCCUCCUUCUCCUCGUAAUGAAUGCAAUCCAACCGCAGAAGAAUUCUAUCCACUCUCAACUCGGGUCUUGGAGUCAAGUACUAUGCUUGAAAAAGAUCACAGUAUGGACAAACGAGAAGAAUCCCUAACAAACUCAGGAUCGAUCUUGUUAGAUACAGUUCCUACCUCGAAAGUCGAAGAACUACUAAUCGACGCCUCAUCGUUACAUGCAAAGAUGUUAGAAUUCAGCAAUGCGUUGAAUAGUGUAAUUUCGGAACGCAAGGAGAUUGAUGCAGAAUGUAGCAGACUCGCCGCUUUCCAACCAAGGACGUUUCGUCGUCAACUGCAACAAGAUCGCGAUAACGAGUGGACGUUGAGAGCGAAGGAGUUUGAAGAGGCCAAGAGGACAAGAGGACAAGAGCCUGCCUAUGCUUUACUAAAGCAAGAUAGCGGCAAGAUGAAAAGGAGAUCUCCAUUCCUCAAAACUGCCAAUCCAGUGGCUGUCGGUGAAGCAACCCUGCCAAUGUGGAUGAAUCAGUUCAGCACCUUGUUUGAGGCGCCAUCAACUCCUGAACUCAAGCAUGUUCAUAGACUGAAAUAA